UGAGGUUCUCGGCUUGAGUGAGACGGGAAAAUCCCGCAACUUCCUAGCGGCCCCCGAGAUCGCUGGGCGCACCAGCAAAACUCAGAAUUUACCUCCGACGAUGAUGAUCCCGUCUUGGGACUCCUCCACAAAAACAGCACCCAUUCGGAACCUAGUUUCCUCGAGUCCAAUGGUCGUCUCGAUCGUCCCGCUUGGACUUCCGGGUCGGGCUGGCCCUGAGCGCUGAGUGGAUGCCGAUGCCCUGCCUUUUCGCCGAAGAGUCGCCGACGCGCAUUGGAAACAUGGGGGUUUCCCCCCAAACUCAGCGUGGCGGAUGCCGUAAUGAGGAGAUUCAAGCCGGACUCUGUCCGAAAUCAUCCCCAGCUCCCGUCCCUGUCCAGGUGAUGCACCCGUGUUUUUUUCGACCUUGCGGAGCCCCCACGAGUCUCGUGAACCUUGUUAGUUGGACUCGUCUCGGCAUUGACUUCUACCGUGGCCCGUAUGGAAGGGGAUCUCCACUUGCCAGGCCCGAAAUCCUGCGCUGCGACUUGCACGGGAAGCCGGGAAUUUUCGAGAAGUGCCAGUCCCGAUGUGACUCGUGACUAACCGUACAACCACGUUCAAAGGCGCCAUAUCAGAUCAAGAAGUCUAUUGAUGAAAGGCAGGUCCAAACUGGCUUUUGCCACUGAACGCCCUGCCAGCACAACCUUGGGAGUGCGACUAGUUAAGCUUCUCAGCCACUACCAUUCUACCAUUCGUCCAAACGCCCGGUCAAACCCCCUCAAAUUCCCCGGCCUUUGCCUCACUCCACAUUCUGCGGUUCCCAGCGAGUCGAAUCGAAUCGACUCGACUCGAUACAUUUUUCCCAAUCUGGUGCAACUAUGCCAGUCUGGGAUGACCGGUGAGCGCCCGCGUUUUGGUCGUCUUCUCCUCAUUUUUGUCUCGGUCGCUGCGGGCGCCGUCGCCGAACCCGUGGUUGGCCCCGGUUCUGCGGAUCCUCUUGGACUCCACUCGAGUCAAAACAGACUGUCGUACAGUCCGUGACUCGGCUCCCUCUCUGUUCGGCGGAGUACGGAGUACGGAGUACAUCCGGAGACUCCAGAUCAAAAUUGCGAGAGAAACUGGGGCGCAUCCUCGACCUGGUCGUGGGUUUUCUUUGGUCACAGUUUCGCCGACGCUUCUCCACCAUCGUUUUUUCUGGCGUCAGAGUCUGCCAGCUCUGGUCGUCAAAGUGUAUUUCCGGUCGUCAUGCAACGUGCUAUUCACGGUGGUGUGGUGUGUCUGAAGAUCGGCCUCAAAUAGUCCUCGUUUCCCCCUCCCCCCCCCCCCCUCAUUCUUCUUGCCCCAGGUCUUUCUUUUUCUUUUGACCAUUCUCCAUCUUCUUCAAUUCCCACUUCUCCAGACUGGGGUCAACCUCGUCCUUUUCUGAUCUAUAGUUCUGUUCUUUCUAUAUAAACACGCAUCCCCUUCAAUCAAGGGUGCAUAAUCCCAAUCCAUCAUGUCCGACCUCAAGGAUGCGGAGGUGCCUCGGGACCUCCACAAGGAGGGCGGCGCCUACGAGAUCGAUGAUGUGCACGAGCAGAAGCUGGAGAACCAGAUGACCGAGGCGGCCAUGGACUCCGAACUGCAACUGCUGGAGGAGCAGCUGCAGACUAUGCCCCAGUCCCGAUUCGAGCUCACCCUUUCCAACCCGGCCCUCUUCACCUAUCUCCUGGUCGCGUUCGCCUCGAUGGGAGGUCUGCUCUCCGGUCUGGAUCAGUCCCUGAUCAGUGGUGCCAACCUCUACCUUCCCCGUGACCUCCACCUGUCCGAUUCAAUGAACAGUCUGGUGAACGCCGGUAUGCCCCUUGGUGCCGUCGGCGGUGCUUUGAUCCUGUCCCCUGCCAACGAGUACCUCGGUCGUCGCAUGGCUAUCAUUGUUUCUUGCAUUCUAUACACUAUUGGUGCCGCCCUGGAGGCUGGUGCCAUUAACUUUGGCAUGAUUUUCGCUGGUCGUUUCAUCCUCGGUAUGGGUGUUGGUUUGGAAGGUGGUACUGUCCCGGUCUACGUCGCGGAGUGUGUUCCCCGCAAGAUUCGUGGUAACCUCGUCUCGCUCUACCAGCUCAACAUUGCGCUGGGUGAAGUUCUCGGCUACGCCGUUGCCGCCAUGUUCGUCGGCGUCAAGGGUAACUGGCGCUACAUCCUCGGUUCUUCUCUGAUCUUCUCCACCAUCCUGCUCGUGGGUAUGCUCUUCAUGCCCGAGAGUCCCCGUUACCUGAUGCACAAAAACCAAGAGGUCGCCGCGUACGGCGUGUGGAAGAAGAUCCGCGGCUUCAACGAUAUCGAAUCCAAGGAUGAGUUCCUCGGCAUGCGCCAGGCUGUCACCGCCGAGUCCGAGGAGCAGUCCAAGACCAAGAAGUAUGCCUGGAUGGACUUCUUCACCGAGCCCCGUGCCCGCCGUGCCAUCGUUUACGCCAACAUCAUGAUCGUCCUCGGCCAGCUCACUGGUGUCAACGCAGUCAUGUACUACAUGUCCACCCUGAUGACCAACAUUGGCUUCGACGACAAGACCGCCGUCUUCAUGUCUCUCGUUGGCGGUGGUUCAUUGCUGAUUGGUACCAUCCCCGCCGUCCUGUACAUGGAGCGCUUCGGCCGCCGCUACUGGGCCAACGUCAUGCUGCCCGGUUUCUUCGUCGGUCUGAUCCUCGUCGGUGUCGGCUACACCAUCGACUACACCAAGUACCCCGCUGCCGCGCAGGGCGUGUACCUGACCGGUAUCGUCCUGUAUAUGGGCUUCUUCGGUUCCUACGCCUGUCUGACCUGGGUCGUCCCUUCGGAGGUCUUCCCCACUUACCUCCGUUCCUACGGUAUGACCACUGCCGACGCGAACCUGUUCCUGUGCUCAUUCAUCGUCACCUACAACUUCACCCGCAUGAUGGAGUCGAUGACCCGUAUCGGUCUGACGCUCGGCUUCUACGGUGGUAUCGCCGUCUUGGGCUGGUUCUACCAGGUUAUCUUCAUGCCUGAGACGAAGAACAAGUCUCUGGAGGAGAUUGAUGAGCUCUUCUCCAAGCCCACCUCCGUCAUUGUCAAGCAGAACCUUAAGCAGACUUCGCAGAUUAUCAAGGACCUAGCGCAUCUGCGUCUGCGCAAGGUUUUCUCGCCCGAACCUUACCGCUAAGGGUGUGUGACUGGCUUGGGAAUGACUUGAUGUCGUUGUGAUGAAUAUAUUUUUUUCAGUUUAAGAAGGUUUACGAUUCAUGUUCUGGGAUGAGCAUGUUAAUUAGUGAUGAUGCGAUUGAAAGGUGCAUUGAAAUAUACCCCCAAUCUUUUUUUAAACUUUUGGAACCAUUGAACACCAGAAAGUAGAGCCGAUUCUCUCGCAGUAGUUAAUAACCUUG